AUGGCGGAGGUGGAUACAGAGGUGCCUCCUCUUCCGCCUCGCUAUCGCUUCAGGGACUUGCUGCUGGGGGACCAGACAUUUCAGAAUGAUGACAGGGUGCAGGUGGAGUUCUAUGUGAACGAAAACACCUUCAAGGAGAGGCUGAAGCUUUUCUUCAUCAAAAACCAAAGGUCAAGCCUGAGAAUCCGCCUGUUCAACUUCUCCCUGAAAAUCCUCACCUGCGCCCUCUAUAUAGUGAGAGUCAGCCUGGAUAACCCCAGGGAGGUCAACCCAUGGGACUUGAUUUUCUGGGUUAACAGACGGGUUCCUGUAUGGGCGAUACAGGUGACAGUGGCCUUAAUCAGUUUCUUGGAGACCAUGCUUAUCACAUAUCUCAGCUACAAGGGGAAUAUCUGGGAGCAGAUUUUCCAGAUAUCCUUCAUAUUGGAGAUGAUCAACACCGUGCCAUUUAUAAUCACGAUCUUCUGGCAUCCACUGAAAAACAUAUUCGUUCCUGUAUUUCUUAACUGCUGGCUAGCCAAAGGGGCCCUGGAGAACAUGAUUAAUGACUUCCACCGUGCCAUCCAGAGGACCCACUCUGCCAUGUUCAACCAGGUGUUCAUCCUCAUCUGCACCUUACUGUGUCUGGUUUUCACUGGAGCUUGCGGGAUCCAGCAUCUGGAGAGAGCUGGGAAGCAGCUGUCCCUGUUCGACUCGUUCUAUUUCUGCAUCGUCACCUUCUCCACCGUGGGCUACGGGGACGUCACGCCACAAAUCUGGCCCUCCAAGCUGCUGGUGGUCAUUCUCAUCUGUGUCGCUCUGGUGGUGCUCCCGCUGCAGUUCGAAGAGCUAGCGUACCUGUGGAUGGAGAGCCAGAAGUUAGGAGGAAACUACAGCCGCCACCGGGCGCAGACAGAGAAGCAUGUGGUGUUGUGUGUCAGCUCACUGAAGAUCGACCUGCUGAUGGAUUUCCUCAAUGAGUUCUACGCUCAUCCCAGACUACAGGACUACUAUGUGGUGAUCCUGUGUCCAACAGAGAUAGACAUUCAGGUUCGCCGUAUCCUCCAAAUCCCUCUGUGGUCCCAGAGGGUCAUCUACCUUCAAGGAUCUGCCCUCAAAGACCAGGACCUGAUGAGGGCCAAGAUGGACGACGCCGAGGCCUGUUUCAUCCUCAGCAGCAGGAACGAGGUCGACCGAACGGCUGCUGAUCACCAGACUAUUUUGAGGGCUUGGGCCGCGAAAGACUUCGCACCAAAUUGCCCUCUCUAUGUCCAGAUUCUUAAACCAGAAAAUAAAUUCCAUGUUAAGUUUGCAGAUCACGUGGUAUGUGAAGAGGAGUUCAAAUAUGCCAUGUUGGCGCUGAACUGUGUGUGUCCGGCCACAUCUACCUUAGUCACACUCCUGGUUCACACCUCCAGAGGACAGGAGGGGCAGCUGUCACCCGAGCAGUGGCAGAGGACGUAUGGACGCUGCUCAGGAAACGAGGUUUACCACAUCCGCUUGUGUGACAGCAAGUUUUUUGGGGAGUAUGAUGGAAAGAGCUUCACUUACGCCUCCUUCCACGCCCACAAGAAGUACGGUGUGUGUUUGAUCGGCGUGAAGAGGGAGGACAACAAGAGCAUCCUCCUGAACCCCGGCCCCCGCCACAUCAUGGCUGCCGCAGACACCUGCUACUACAUCAACAUCACCAAGGAGGAGAACUCAGCCUUCAUCUUCAAACAGGAGGAGAAGCACAACAAGGGCCUGCCCGUCACCGGCCUCUACGACGCCCCCUCCAGGCUGCCCGUGCACAGCAUCAUCGCCAGCAUGGGCACUGUAGCCAUUGAUCUGCAGAACCCCGAUCCCCCUGAAGAAAACAGCAAACUGACCCUUCCGACAGAGAACGGCGCCGGAAGCCGCAGACCAAGCAUCGCCCCUGUCUUAGAGAUUGCAGACUCCUCCGCCAUUCUGCCUUGCGACCUCCUCAGCGACCAAUCAGAGGAUGAGACCAACCAAUCGGAUGAGGAGGGCUCUGUAGGGUCAGAUUUUGUGAAGGGCUACCCUCCCAACUCGCCCUACAUCGGCAGCUCUCCAACCCUGUGCCACCUCCUGCCACAGAAAGCUCCCUUCUGCUGCCUUCGCCUCGACAAGGGCUGUACACAUAGCAGCUUUGAGGAUGCCAAGGCGUACGGCUUCAAGAAUAAGCUGAUUAUAGUGUCUGCGGAGAUGGCGGGAAACGGUCUCUACAACUUCAUCGUCCCUCUGCGCGCUUACUAUCGGCCCAGGAAGGAGCUCAACCCCAUAGUGCUGUUGCUGGACUACCCACCAGACAACCACUUCUUAGAGGCCAUAUGCUGCUUUCCAAUGGUUUACUUCAUGGCUGGCACCAUCGAUAACUUGGACAACUUGCUCCAGUGUGGGAUCAUCUACGCCGACAACUUGGUGGUUGUGGACAAGGAGAGCACAAUGAGCGCCGAGGAGGACUACAUGGCAGACGCCAAGACCAUCGUCAACGUCCAGACUAUGUUCAGGUUGUUCCCCAGCCUCAGCAUCAUCACUGAGCUCACGCACCCGUCCAACAUGAGGUUCAUGCAGUUCAGAGCCAAGGACUGCUACUCGCUCGCUCUCUCCAAACUGGAGAAGAUAGAGCGCGAUAAGGGCUCCAACCUGGCCUUCAUGUUCCGGCUGCCGUUCGCUGCAGGCAGGGUGUUCAGUAUCAGCAUGCUGGAUACACUGCUUUACCAGUCAUUUGUUAAGGACUACAUGAUCGCCAUUGCGAGGCUUCUUCUUGGACUGGACACCACACCUGGCUCCGGGUACCUGUGUGCUAUGAAGAUAACAGAGGAGGACCUGUGGAUCAGGACUUACGGCAGACUCUUCCAGAAGCUUUGCUCCUCCAGCGCUGAGAUCCCCAUUGGCAUCUACCGCACCGAGUCACACAUGUUCUCCACCUCAGAGUCUCAGGUGUCCAUCAACGUGGAUCAGGGCAUGGAGCACCGCGAGCGUGGAGAGUCCUGGAAGGAGAAGACGGCCCACAGGAACUCCACCACGAGCGACCAGUCGGAGCACCCACUGCUGAGGAAGAAAAGCAUGCAGUGGGCAAGGCGGCUGAGCAGGAAGAGCACCAAGCCGUCCAGCAGAGCGGAGCGUAUCUCACAGCAGAGACUCAACCUGUACCGGCGCUCUGAGCGUCAAGAGCUGUCUGAGCUGGUGAAGAACCGUAUGAAGCACCUGGGCCUGCCCACCGUGGGAUACGACGAGAUGAACGACCACCAGAACACGCUGUCCUACGUCCUCAUCAAUCCCCCUCCGGACACCAUGCUGGAGCUCAACGACAUUGUGUACAUUAUCCGCUCGGACCCGCUGGCACACAUGCCGGAGGACUCGCAGGUGGGGCAGGCCCGCACCACCAGGAACCAGCAGGAGUUCUGCACAGAGACGAGGGACGAGACUCACCUCUGAAACCCCCCUCGGUUCCCGACACCCUGACCCUUAACCUCGAAGCCCCGCCUGGGCCGCCGGGGCUCGUUUGUCUCAAGCGGAUGAAGGCUGGUCUCGGGCCCGAGGACAGCAGCCCCCAGUGAAUGUGCUUUAUGAGUCUCUCAGACCCGAAAUAAUCAACACGACCCUAAGAGAGCGAGAGCUGCUGUUUCCCACUGAGCUGCUACCGGAGGAUGCAUGAAGAGUGCCUCGUCAUCGACCCCGACCCCCCCUCGCGCACCCGCAGUACUAACACGCGCCACCCUCGCAAAACAACCUGAAACGGCCUCCUGCCUCCAACCCAAAAGGACUGAGACAUGUGAUGGAUGUGAGAGGUCUUUGGGCAGUCAGAGGGGGGUCUUUGUGCACAUACUGUACAGGAUAUCAACGCAUCAUUUCACUCAGGGGUGGAGCUGCCCUCGUGCCAUCACUCAGGCUGACUUCUGCUACGCCUGUCGCUGCCGAAGCUCAACUGAACCCAACCCUCGGGGCAACUACACCCUCCCCCGCGUCUUAACAGUCACGUUUUCUACGAGGAAAUGCUCUGAAUUCCCAGCAAUUCAAGCAUUUGCCAUGAAAUUCCAGUACAUGUGCACUUUUCUUAAUUUAUUACAAAUGUCCUUUUGGUUUUUGUCUCUUUCUAAUCAGACGGGAUUUACAUUUUCUUUACGAGCACAAACUUUUUUACGACAGACUGUCAUCUGUGAAUAUACACACUGUAGUGGCACUUUUAUCGGCCAUAUUAGAAUAAUCAGCAUUUCUCUCUCGGUUGUGUUGUUACAGACACUGAGCUUCAUUAUGGUUAUUGUUAAAGAGAGAAUAUUGUUAACUUAUUUCAGUAUUUUAGGUGUCCCGAAUCAUGUAUGUGCCAUUCUUUUGUUUACUCUCUUGUUUUGUAAAUAUCUUCCAAGUGAUUUAUACCAUUUUACGUCUGUUUUGUGAUAUCAGUGUCUAGUUUUUUUUUCAAGCCUGAUCGAUUUUAUCAGCUAAUUUUUACCUCGUCAAAGAUGUGCCAGCCAAUACGUAACAAGACAUUUCUGUUCAGAAAUGCUGAAGCGAGUAGUCGUAAAUGAAGGCUAAAUUCAUAUAAAAGAUGAAAUAGUCACGGUGGCUAUUCUAACUAUCAAAACUUAAUUUAAUGUGCAUAUUUAAAGUAAUGUCUAUUAUGAUUCAGUAUAGUUUGCUGUGUUUCUGAUUUCUCACGUGGUAUAUGCUGCAUUCUUAUGUAUCAGUCUUGUUUUUCUCAGCUAAUCUUAAACAUAAUCUUGUCUUCGUCACAGCUCUUUAAUAACCAGAUUUGAAGGAAUAGUGUGAAAGUUGGGCAAAUGCGCUCACUCGCUCUUUUGCAGAGCGCUGGAUGAGAAGCUUGACACCAAAUAAACAUGAACCUAGAGUCGGCAGGCGAUUAGCUUAGCUUAGCAUAAGGGCUAAGCGAAUAGAAGCAGGGGGAAAAUGGCCAGCAGCGCCUCUAAAGCUUGCCACUGGAGUUAGCAUGUUACAUAUUGUUUGUUUAAAUACAAACAAAAACACGUAAAUGACAAUUUGUGGCUUUUACACUUAUACUUUUGUAUUAUUGGAUUAAACAAACUUUAAAGUGUUACUUAGUGAUCUUAAGAGUAGCUGCCAGGCGGGUUUUGGGGCAAACCAGGCUAGCUGUUUCCACCCUGCUUCCACGGUUUAUGCUAAGCUAAGCUAACAGUCUCUCCAGGCUGUGGCUUCAUUAUUGACAGACAUGAGAGUGGAAUCAAUCUCAUCUAAUUCUCAGUAAGAAAGCGAAUGAACAGAUUUUCCAAAUUGUCAAACUAUUACUUUACAUCGUCCUAAUCAGAAAUAUGUUUUUAAAAAAAAACAAAUAAUAGCCGAUGUAUCAUUAUCAGAUUGCUUUGAUUUAAAUUAUAGUAUUUCUUGUUAUUUUCAUCUUGUCAACUUUGCACAGCCUGCGACAGCCACGUCUGUUCCUGAAUCUGUUUGGAUGAAGCCCCCCCCCCUCUCCAGAUUGUACAGGCCACACCUUGUGUAUAAGGCAGUGUCAGUGUGCAGUAUUUACUCCUGAUUUAUCAGUCCUCAGCGGUGUGUUCACUGUAAAUAGUGACUUUCUGCACUCAUUGUUUGCCACCCUGUUCUUCUGUUUCCGUCUCCUCUGUGUGAGAAAAGUGAAAGAGGACUUGAACUAUUUUUGCACUAAGCUCUGCGUGGAUGUCUAGAGCAUAACAGCAUGACCCUUUAAUCUGAAUCUGUACAACGCGGCGGACAGUAUUCAAUCACUCUUGUGAAGCAGACAGUCAAAUGUGCAGUAAAAUGUCAUGCAUUUCGUUGUUUUGAUUUACCCUGCCAACAUCUGGAAAGCUUAUUUUGACUGAGUGCCAUUCUUGCCUGCGAGAGAAAUAUGAAGCGGUUAGUAAUGACGAUGAAGUAACCUCAGAAGGAUCGUUUUCUCUCUGAGAUCUUUUGUUUGUUUGUUUAUGAGGAAUCAGCAUAAGUUUUUUUUUUAUGUUUAACACUGUAGGUAUUUUGCAAAGAGUCCCAUUGAGAUGUACUGUUGAUCUUUGCUCAGCGGCCCCUCGGAGGUGUCAGUUUACAGGGCAGGAGAGCUGGGGAGUGAAGGCGUGAGCGACCACGAUGGAGGAUACGAUCGGUGUUCAGAUCCAUUCAUGCAACAUCGUCCUAGGUCUUCACUUCUAUGAAAUCACACGAGUUCACUUCAGAUCUCUUACUGUCCAUACUUACAAUACCACAAGGGGCAUGUAAACACUAAAAAAGCAUGUUUUGAUAUACAAGCUUGCCAAGAAUGAUACUUUUGUACAUUUAGCAGGACAUUUAGUGUGAUGUCCCAUGGCUAGAGGAACCCAUAAUCAAAUCAACUGCUUGCAAGUUGGAGCCAUUAUUUGAUACUGUGUAUUUAUAUGAAUGGAACCUGCAUGUUGUCUAGGUGUUAUCAAAAAGCCUCCGUAUUAUGUUUACCUCCACUUUUAUGUUUUUAAGUCAUUAUCAAAAAGGGGUUGAUCCAUUUUGUACUAUUUCUUAUGAGAAGCAAGUGUAC